AUGUCGUCCCUUUCAGUACUAAAUCCUAGGCCGGAAAGGCUUCAGGGCCCUGGCCUCCUUCAUGAGCUCGUCUCAACCCCAUCACAUAAUACUAGCCCGGCGAUCGAUGCCUUAUUAGCCGAUGGGUCUCGGGUCUUACUUUCGUACGCAGAACUCCACACAGCUUCCGAAGCUCUCGCGACCAGGAUCCGAAGACGUAUUUCCGUCUCCCCGUCAGCAAAGACAGCCGGGUUUAUUGUCCCCGUUCUUCUACGCCAGUCACCAGACUUGUAUAUAUCCCUUCUAGCUAUUCUCAAAGCUGGUGGUGCCUUUUGCCCCUUGAACCUCGAUGCGCCGACUGAGAGAGUGCGCUUCAUUCUUGACGACGUUCAAGCCAAAGUGCUUAUCACCACCAGUGAUCUCAAGAGCCGUCUUCCGCUCGGCCUGGACGGCGUAACGGUCCUCGUACUAGAUGAUGACCACGCCGAUUCUACAGAGGAUCUGGGAGCUGUCAUUGCUCCUAGAAUCUCUGACUGCGUAUCUCAUUCUAAUGUAGAUGUUCCUGCUGCCGUUAAAGAAACGGAUCUUGCGUAUAUCAUGUACACUUCUGGUUCUACUGGCACCCCAAAGGGAGUUGGCGUGUCUCAUCAGGCGGCCACCCAGAGUUUAUUAGCCCACGAUAGACACAUUCCUCGCUUCUCUCGCUUCCUACAAUUUGCCGCCCCCACAUUCGAUGUUUCCGUAUUCGAAAUAUUUUUCCACUGUUUCGUGGGUCGACACUGCCGCCAAAAUGCCCCAGGCUUGAAGCUGCUCUUGACCAUUGGUGAAAUGCUCAGUGAGCCCGUUAUAAAAGAAUUUGGAGGCAGCCCGGAGGUGGAAACAAUGCUUUGGGCAAUGUAUGGACCAACCGAGGCUGCGAUACAUUGUAUGGCCCCGUCUAGUACUCUUGUCCCAGGCAUGUCCUCCAACUCAUCGCCCAACAUUAUUGGGAUUCCGCUCGACACGGUGUCCUGCUACGUCAUCUCUGGAGACUACAAGCCCGAGGACCCGUCGUCUUUCGUCGUCCUGCCGCGCGGGUCUAUCGGCGAGCUCGUAGUGGGAGGCUACCAAAAUGCCGAGGGCUACCUUAAUAGAGCCGAACAGACUGCAUCCGUUUUUGUCGAUUCGCCUGUUGGUCCUGUUUAUCGAACUGGGGAUUUAGCACGAAUCCGCGAAGAUGGCGCGCUCGAAUGUUUAGGCCGCAUGUCGGAGGGUCAAGUCAAGCUUAGGGGCCAGCGCAUUGAACUUGGCGAGGUGGAGCACGCGGCUCUCCGGGUACCUGGGUGCCACAGCGCCGUGGCUGCCGUUGUCAACAACAUUCUCGUUCUGUUUUGCGCGGUUGACGCCCACGAAGACAUGGGUAUCAUCGAUACGGCAAUCGCGCAGAUGUGUGCUGAGUGGCUCCCUGCCUUUAUGGUUCCUGGGGACAUCAUAGCCAUGCAAAGCUUUCCGAGGUUAGCAUCGGGGAAAGUCGACCGCAAGCAACUAAAGGCGGAUUACCAAAAGUUGCUCUCCGAGCGCGACUCUGGAGGAAAUAUCGAAAAUGAGGUGUCGCCUUUAGCCAUGCGUCUUAUCACGACGAUAUCUGCAAUGACUGGUACAAAGGUUGGACUGGGAACAGCCCUGGUAUCCGCCGGAAUCGACUCGUUAGGUGCCAUCAAGCUCUCUUCUCUAUUACGGCGGGAUGGGCUCAAUGUCAGCUCGAUCCAAAUCUUGAAAGCUCGAACUGUCCAAGAGCUUUGUAGUACCCUCACUACUCAAACUGAUAGGCCGAGCGGCAGUGGCCCUCUGGUCAGCACUUCCCAGAAUCUUUCUAGAGACGUCCCAGCCAUAGCAGCGGGCCACAGUUUUCUGUCUGAAAUCCGUGAUUCGAUUGCGGCAAUCUUGCCAUGCACUACUUUGCAGUCAUCGAUGCUGGUUGAGACAAGCCAUAACCCAGUGGCCUAUUGCAACGCUAUUGAACUCCAGUUUCCGGUGGGAUUGAAAGCAGCGGAUAUUAGUACCGCAUUUCUCGCCCUCAUCCAGGCCAACGAAAUAUUAAGGACGGGGUUUGCUUACCACGAGGGCCAGUUUCUUCAGAUUGUCCUUAACGAGAUCGACCAUUCCCAAGUCAGCUUGACAGUUUUGGGCCGCGCAGCUGUCUGGAUGGGAGAAGAUGCCUUUGCCAAAACUGUCAGCGCGUCUUCCGCAGUCCAAACAUACAGUUCACAGCUCAACCGCGAAACUUGCGCAGUCCUUGGCUUAGAAGACGUGGUGAUCGGCUCAGUCACCUCCGGUCGCACCGUAGAUCUACCAGAGGUUGAACGCAUAAUUGGCCCAUGUAUUGCUUCAUUGCCUCUCCGGGUCAACUUGGGCAAUGUGCCGACCGUUGCUGAUCUUCUCCGACUUAUUCACACCACCAACCGAUCGGUGAUUCAGCAUGCACUACUCCCGCUUACCGACAUCAAAAAGCUAGCAAGCCUAACGGGAAAGCAGAGUCUGUACGACGUUUUGUUCGUUUAUCAGGAGUCCCUACCCAGUCAAGAAGCCAAAGGUGCCCACAUCCAGCAAGUCUCUCACUUGGACAUGCUAGAGACACCGAUCUUACUCGAGAUUGAGCCCCGUGGAGGAGAAUACCAUGCCCAACUUACCUACCACGCCGAUAUCCUAGAUUUAGGGCUAGCGGAUAUGCUGCUCAGCAUACUUGAUCAACUUAUAGGGAAGCUUGUCCAGAAGCCAACAGCGCCACUCGAAUCAUUGAGAGAAGACUUGCCUCCCCACUUCCUUUCCAUACAUAACCCACAGGUCCGCCGCUAUGCCGGAAGCCAAGAUCUCGCCGAACUCGUGGAACUGUCGGCAGAAAAAUCGCCCGACAAGCUGGCAGUCGUAUUUGCUAGAUCCCUCUCAUCAGGACAACGUGAGGAAGAGACAUUGUCGUACGGGGAGCUCAAUAACCUCGCAAAUAGAAUUGCUCAAUGGAUUCGCGAAACUGACCCCGGCGGUGACAAUCGCAUUGCCGCUAUAAUAAUGGAAAAGUCGACUCUAUUUUAUGCAUCCCUGCUCGGCAUUCUAAAAUGUGGGCGUCCUUAUCUGCCAAUCCUACCAUCAACCCCACCAAAGCGCAUCCAAGCCAUCCUCGAGCAGUCUCGAGCAUCGAUAUGCCUUCUGGAUGACAGCUCUCAGGCUAUCCCCGGCCUUGCCAAUGGAAAUGUCCAACGCGCCGACUUGACAAAAUUCUCGGAUUCAACACCGACAAGGCUGAGUGAUGGCAGCCGGCCGGCCUAUGUGAUUUACACCUCGGGAACCACGGGGACUCCGAAAGGCGUUGUACUCACCACCCUAAACAUUGUUAGCCAUCUGGAUACAUUAGAGGGCAUCUAUCCUGUCGAAGAUACCUCCCGGCUGCUCCAGUCCUGCUCCCAAGCCUUUGAUGUCUCCGUUUUUGAGAUAUUCUUUACCUGGAAAACUGGAAUGUGCCUUUUUGCGUCGCUGGUCAAACGAAAGGCUGUACCAAACGUCCAGUUCCUUGUAACCGCGGGUGAGCCAAUGACGCAAGCCGUAUUUCACGAGUGGAAGGGUGCUCUAUAUCAAGGCUACGGGCCAAGUGAGACUACGAAUAUCUGCACGGUCAAGAAGAUGGCCGAGGGAGAUCAUAUUGAGCACCUUGGGCAUGCUUUUGAAAACACCUCCACAUUCGUUUUCUACCCCGGAAGUCUUCUCCCAACCCCGUUUGGCACAGUUGGUGAGCUGUGCUUCGGUGGCGAUCAAGUCGCACAAGGUUACCUCAAUGAGCCUGCGCUCACGGCUUCCAAAUUUAUCGCUCAUCCGAGUUUUGGUACUCUCUACCGCUCAGGCGAUCUGGACAGGGCUCGUAUCGUCUUCGGUCGUGAUACCAUUAUCCCGAAGCGUCGGGGAUCAUCAGCAGCUCGUGGCCUUUUAUGCCAAGUCUACUUCUCUAGCCAACGAUUCAAGGUCCUUGAGUUGCCGGAGGAGGAAAAGGCGUACCAACAUCGCCUAUUCUCGGCCCUAGAAGUUUCUUUGCCUUCCUAUAUGGUCCCAUCAUACCUGAUACCAAUAUCUGUCAUCCCAAUGACGCCGAGCGGGAAGGUCGCCAAGGCUGAGCUUCGAGUAGCGUUCCAGGAGCUUGCGUUAGAUGCGCUGGAAGGGAUGUCCUCCAUCGCGCAGGCAGCCGUUGAUGGGGUGUCAGAACUUUCUAAUGAUGAGAUCCGAGUCAUGGAGGCUAUUUCUUCGUCGCUCAAGGUGGAUAGGGCCGUCAUCACUCGUUGGUCCCCGCUUGUCACCCUGGGACUGGAUUCAAUCACUGCCAUCUCUUUGGCUAAAUCUCUGUCCGCUAUCCUCGAGAAACGGGUCGCCAUCUCUUUAGUGCUGCAGAAUCCGUCGGUUGCACAACUGACAAGGGCUCUUUUUACUGGAGAUAAGCAAUCACAGGAUCGUGAGGAGCUGAGACAAGCCGCCUGGCUUCCAAAGGACGAAAUAAUCCACCCCGUCGCGUCUAAGUUCCAGGAUAAAGAUCUUGCAAUUCACAGUAUCCUCCCGUGCACUGCAUUGCAGGAAGCUAUGCUCGCUUCCCCUCUCGACGACAUUUAUUACAACAACAUAGUUCUUCGUCUCAAAGUUUCUCCAAGCGAUAUGGAGGAAUACUGGAAAGUCAUGUGCGCGCGCCAUUCGAUCCUCCGAACCUGCUUCAUGUCUACAGAUGAUCCGGACCAUGCAUUUGUCCAGGUGGUUCUUGAGGAGAGCAGAAUGCCGUGGCAAACUACAACAUGCUCCAGCCUAAGUGUUGACGAAAACUUGGAACGGAUGAAAAAGAAGUAG